AUGGGCCCACCUGAUGUCGAAAUGACUGCAGGUCCUCCCAACACGGACACCACACGACAACGUUCGAUGACGGAAGAAGAGAAGAGCGCGAGCGAAAAAGCUAUCAAGGACCUAACCUCGAAGCUCGCUUACUUCAGAACCCGAAGUUCUCCAAAUGACACGAUCGUGCGACGAGAGCCUGAGGGAUUCGCUGAGCAAUGGGUGUCUGACAUCUGGAGGCAAUUGGUGCGAAACUCCAAUAACAACAUCUGCAACUUUGAAGAUGCAAUCUCUUCGGCUCUUCAAGAGCUGGACCAGUUGGAUGACGAGUGGAACAAAGCUCGGAUGGGUGAGGAUGGGAAAGAAUGGACUGGUGCACAAUUGUUUGCCUUCCAAAUCGACAAGUUGAACGACAAGAUGCUGCCGAUCACAUAUAGACCACAGUCUAUAAGCGCUUCUGCCAAUGAUGAUCAGGCGUACCCUGGUUCAGAUACGGGUUUACAUAACCCUGCCGCGGAUGCGGUUGAAGCCAUGCUCGAUGCAGACCAACCUCAUAAAGACCUUACGCCGGAGCAACGACGGCGGAGGAGCAACCGCCGAGCCUUACGAGAACACAUUUUGGAUAUCUGCAAAUUGUUGAAACCUGUAGAUCAGACAAUGAACCUCGACGCUGUUGCGCUUGCAGCUGAUUGGGAGAAGAGACUCUGGGAUACGUCAUCCAAGCACAGUGACGGGACUGCUACGUACAACGAAGACUUCGAGGCAGCGGACGAGGAUCUUCAAGAGUGGAAGACAUACUGGGAUUCGACUGAGGGUGACUGCUCAGGCAACCGGACCGGCCGCCAAUUCUUUGUUGAACAUGUCCAAAAGUUUCACGCGAACGAACCACGACAUACCACGUACACGGGAUCUUUGGACAAACUGAGUGCAUCGACAGUAUCCGCUACAACGUCUUUCGAAGACAAGGAACGUCAAAACCUACGCAACGUCCUCGCAGAACAGCUAGAAAACAUGAGAGCUUUACUUCCCCCUUCUCAUAACCUGUCCAACUUCCACAUUGCGCAAGUCGUGCGCACAUGGGAAAGUCAGAAUUGGACUGCAGCCUGCCAGCAAGGCUUCGACAUCAACGAGCAUGUAGAACAUACGGAAGCUGAAUGCGAGGAGCUAGGUAUCUGGGCUGAGUAUAGAGACGACUAUCCUGAUGAAGAUCUUGAUAUGACCGGUGAAGCCAGAUUCUCUGAAUUCAUACGAGAACGCCUUGGUUCCGAAGUUUCUGCCACACCCACCCAACAUGGUGAGGGGCAAGAGACACAUUACUCUGGGGACGACUCAUACAUCAACGAGAAUGACAGUGAUAUCGGUUCGGAAGACGAAUACGAUGACGAGGACAUGGGCUACACAAGCAAGAAGGCCUAUCUUAAAGCAUCUGUGGAGGAACACCUAUGUCACUAUGCAGAGAGUUCAGAUGCCAUCAUCGACCGAUGGGAUGAGAAGCUCCGUUUACAGGCAAGAUGGGAGAGUGGCGGCUUCGACGAAUACAAAGAGGUCCUGAACGAUGACUUGGAUACUGUGGACACCUGCCGAGAUAGCUGGAAUAUGGUUAUUCCGGGCAAUGGAAAGACGGGUCAUGAGUUAUUCAGCGAACUUGUUGAGGACUGCUCAGAAAAAGCUAUUGCUAGGUUGAGAGAGCGAGUGGAGCAUAAAGAGAAAAUGUGUGAACACGAGCAUCUGCUCAACUCGGAGAAGUUCAACGGUGCUCUCAACGUUGAAGACCGAAAGCGAAGGGAAUAUCGGUCAACAAUCCGGAACUCCAUCAAUGAUGCCAAGGAAGUCAUGGACGACGCGCACGAGUUAUCAGACAUCCAAGUUACGGAACUAGCGGCGCGCUGGGAGACGCAAAUUUGGACCGAUCAUCCUGAAUUUCGCACGUACCUUAUCGCGAUGGAUAACUUUGAGUCGGACCUGAUGGAUUGGACGCAGAAUUGGCAUUCUGUCCUUGACAACGGAAAGACUGGCGAGCAGAACUUCAUUGAGUACAUUCAACAGAAUCCUGAUCGUCAAGUGCUCCAGUGUGAGCUCCGCCGUGUUCUCGAUUCAAUAUCCAGCACGCUCUCACCAGGUGACCCAUUGGCGGGCUUCUUCACCCAAACGGUACCUGAGAUUCGGGAAUCAAGCGUUUGGAGUCUCACUGAGGAAUCUAUGGUCGAACAUGUGAGAACCAUCCAGGAAGAGUGCGAACAGUUGAACCAGUGGCAUACGCACUGGACCAACGUUUGCGAUCGUGACCUCACGGGAGAGCAAAUGUUUCGCCAGUACUAUAGCGAGUUGUUUGGAGUGAGCCAUCUCCCUGAUCGUACCCUGGAAGAUCAUGGCCUCGAUUCGCAGACCGUCGCCGAACUCUUCGACCUGGCUGGAGGCAACGACACGCCGUCGGACCGUUCCGCAAGCGACGCUGGAAGCAGCGGACUGUCUGAUGAGUUUCUUGAAAGCAAUAGCCAAGAACUUGUAUCUCCACGCUUUCCAAAGUCCUAUGACAGUAGUGAGGAUGACGACACUGACGGCAGUCUUGGAAGCGCUGCCCAAGAUCGGUCUGGCAAUCAGUCCGCUGCUUUCGAUAUGCCUACCGGCUCCUCAUCUGUUCCUUCAUCCGACAUCCAGAUAACAAAACCAGCCCAAACGCACCCUGUAAUCGCCUUCCACGAAACCUUGGCCAGCUCUAACCGGCUUCAGGUAGGAAACACUUUCAGCACUGUCGGCAUCACAGCUGCUAUAGGUACCCCUCCUCAUGGUCUGCCGACAAUCCCUAUCCCUGGCCACAAUACCGUUCACGUAGAGGAGGAUAUGGCCAUGGACGGUCUUGCUUAUCACCCUCUGUCCAAAGAGGUGGAGAUGUUGGAUAGGAACGCCGACCUGCCCGCCCAAAAGGAGGCGGUGGAUAUGACCCCUGUCGGAAGAUUCACUGCCGAUUUUGCUACAUCGACUGAAUAUGCGGAGAUGGCUGGAAGCGAUGUUUCCGAAACAUUGGACGACAAUGGCAAGCCGUCUGACCCUUCUGCUACGAUUGCGACUGGAAAUGUCUUUGGCUUCUUCAGCCCGUACGCCACAUCGAGCCACUUCUCGCCUGCUCCCCAGUUGUUCAACGGUCCGGCUUUAACUGCGAAGAACGAGUCUAUACCUUCAGGCACUAUGUUCAUUUUGGAAGGCUUGAGUUUCCAAGAGAAGACAACAACAGUGAGCGCCACUUCUAUCAACAGUGCAACGCGGGAGUCGGUUGUGCCUCAGAUCACUUCGCAAGCCUCAACACCAUCACGUCAGUUUGUUGAGGAACAGCCUGGGGAGCCAUUGACCACUCCCGCUAAGGCUGUCUCUAAGACUGUAUUCGCCAACUCCCCUCCAAAGGAGGGCGAAGAGGACGGCAAGGGGGGACUGGCAAAGAAGCGUAGAUUCACUGAGUCCGAGACUGUAUUAGUGGCUCCUGCAGUAGUAACUGCAUCUCAAGUGGCAUCGAAAUUUACCUUCAGGCCUCCCAAAGGCGGCUUUCUGCCGAUACUCCCGUCAGGAUUCGACGCUGGAAGCUGGAGAGGUGGGUUUGACUUCAAGCCUCCAGUUGAUGACGACAAGGCCGAUACUACGUUUUCUUCGGGUGAGGUUGGUAGCAUUCUGAAGACUACCGAAGUCCAGAAGCCUGAGGUCUAUGGGCCAGUCGAUGGGGUUGGGGCAGACGAAGGCCAUGAUGUCCUUGGCUCUGCCGCAGCGGGAAUUGAUGUCGAUGUCGCGAGCAUUCCGGAAGACACAAAGCAAGAAUCAUUGGCUGCUGAGGAUGAGUCUUCCAACACCAGUGACGCGUUGGAUGUGAUGGAUAGGUUAGAAGCCAGGAUGUCAAGCCUUAAUUCGCAAUGCGUCAGGAUUGACGCGAUGAACACGGAGGCUGAUGAGCACGAGCGAACCGAGGCCCUACAAGGCAACAUUGAAGAUGCCGAAGAGAAUUCCGAAGAUGAUUUUGAAGAUGAGUCUGAAGAUUGCUCGGGCCAGAUUAAGGAGCUUGCUUCCACCAUCAAUACAUGCAGCACCUACUGGCUGGAUGCAAACUCCGGCAAUAAUGCUCCUUCUGCCUUCAUCAAGAUUGCAGAAGAUUUUCAAAUCAUUAUGGAAAACAUCACCAGUGAAGCCUACAUCGAUAUCACGACCCACUUCCAUCCCGACUACGACUAUCGCUUGGAACGGUUCCUAGAACAAUAUCGUUCGGAUGUCGGAAUGAUGUCGGAGUACGAAAGCUUGAGUCAAUUGCCGGGUGCUCCAGAUAUCUGGCGCAACGAGGCCAACAAGCGGCGUAAGGCGAGGGACAGCAAAUUGGAGUUCAUCGUCAAUGAAAUUUCCAUCAUGCAGAAUCUCUACCAAGCAUACUACAGCGCGCUGGUGACGCUGCGGGUACACAUCGACUGCGAAGCGCUCGAGAAAAUGGCAAAUGAGACGCUGAUUUGCUUUCACGCAAAGAUCGUGAGGGCGAGUGAUGAUUUUGGUCUGCAGUAUAUGGAAACUUUCCAGAAGCCUUCCGAUCCACUAGACUGUGUUGGGUGCACCAAAGAUGCACAGGAGACCUCAGUGUAUACCAAGCAACGCAAGGCCCCUCCCAUCUCCACUGCUGACGAUGAGGAAUGGUGA